AGCUGCAACUAGAAACAAUACUCAAGAGCUGUAACAAGGCAUACCCGAGAGGUAUCCUUCAAGAAUCUCAUGACAAGUCAGCAUGUCAAAGCAACAAGAGGCCGAAGCCCUCUGAACCUCUUCCUUCUACCAAAAGUAUGUGUCAGAAACUCGAUGAUAUCUGUCUAGAGAAUAACUGGGUACUACCAAGCUAUCAUGUGUCUCUUUCAGAUGGUGGAUUCCAAGGUGAAGUAAGAAUAAAUGAGACUCAGUUCGCACACAGAAUUUGUGGAGAGGCAAAGUCAGAUGCUGAGGAAGCUAGGGAAUCCGCAGCGGCUAUCUUGCUUGCUAAAUACGUUACACCAGAACACACCAACAGCCAACGAUCUCGUACCAGAAGACCAUUCAGAUCCCCAUCUUCAGUAAAAGUAUUGAAGCCGAGUACACCCGGUGAAACCUCAGAAAAAGAUCCAUUAACAUCAAUUGCAACUGGAGAUGUGGAUCUUACCACCAACUUGUUCUUAGCCUUGAGGAAGCUACGUUCACUUCUUGUCAAAGAAUGCCCUGGUGGUGUCAUGGGAACUUAUAUAUUCACCAACCCAACGCUUCAGAAGAUAAGCACCAAGAUUCCGAGAAACAAAGAGGAACUCCUCGAGAUAGAUGGCCUUGGGAAGGACAAAGUAAGUAGGUACGGUGAUCGGUUGUUGGAAGUAAUAGAAUCAACGAUCAAGGAGUACUACGCAACCAAUAAGAAAAGCUCCAUGGAGUAA